ACUGCUUCGACUUUUUCUUUUAUUUUAUUCUUCUUUUCUCUCUUUUUUCUUCUUUUUCUUUCAGACAAAAAAGCAAGGCGAUCUAUAGAAUUUGGUAGUUUGCCAAAUGUUGUAAAACCACCAACAGUAAUCAUAGCACCAGUUUCAGCUGCAGAUGGUGAACACACGGCUACUGUAAUAACAGGAGAACUCAAAGCUCCAGAUAAAUUACUGCAGUGUUAUACAGAAACAAUCUAUGCGGGAUCACAACCUUCGGUAACACAGAAUUCCAAAUAUACAGAUGUGAACAAAAAACGUCAGUCUGUUGAGCGUGAAAAGUGGACAAAUAAAGUGGAAUUUUUGCUUGCUGUUAUUGGAUAUGCUGUAGAUCUUGGCAAUAUAUGGAGAUUUCCAUCAAUAUGUUACAAACAUGGAGGAGGAGCAUUUCUGGUACCAUACAUGGUGAUGUUGUUGAUUGGUGGUUUACCAAUUUUUUACAUGGAACUUGCAUUAGGACAAUAUCAUAAAUGUGGCUGUAUUAGUAUAUGGAAAAAAAUUUGUCCCAUGUUCAAAGGUAUCAUUAAGCAUCGAAAUAGUAAAGAGGAUUUGGCAGAAGAAAUUGCUUGCUGA